GCGUUGCGUUUGCGUGGUGUUUUUGUGGACGACGGCGUCGUCGUCGCCAGCCAGCCUCGUCCACCUCCUCCUUGUGGCUCUCGUCUUCCUCCCCCCGCGUUGCCCUCGGAAAAAAUCCAUCCUUUCUGCUCCGGAAAUUUAGUCCCCUCCUAUUUAUGACCCGCCCAUCUCUCCCGCGGAGGCGGCCCUGAAAAUCCCCCCCUUGCUCCCCUGAAUCGGCUUCUUGGUUGCCCCGUCGAUUUCCUCUUCCCUCUCCCGCCUUCUUGAUCCGAAGGUGCGUGUGUUUUCUGGGCAGUUUCCGGCAUCAGAUUGUCAAUUGGAUCCAUUUCGAUCCGUCCGGUCGUCGCCGGUCCGUUCUUGAUCCCAGGGGCGGGCUCCCUGAUUGGUUUCCGUAUGACCCUGGAGCAUUCUCGCGCGAGACCAAGAUGCUCUACUUGAAGCAGCCCAAGAGGAGCUAGCUGAACCACGCGGAGUCUCCGUUUGUUUGUUCUGAAUUUCUCAGGCUCGGAUUCACUCUGGCCCUCUUGUCUGCCCGCGUGUUGAUCUGAAUUUCUGAUCCGAUGGAGGCCAUGAGAGGUGGCAAAUUUCUUCAGAAGUUCAGGCUCUACGAAACCAGAUCGAAAUUUUAUCUUGUCGGAAGAGACAAGAGCAGGACUCUUUGGAGGGUGCUAAAGAUUGACCGGUUGGAGUCUACUGAUUUGGGUAUCCAGGAGGAUCCUACUAGUUACACUGAGAAUGAAUGCCAAGAACUACUAUGGCGGAUUCAUGAGGGAAAUAGAUUGACCGGCGGGCUGAAAUUUGUCACAAAAUGCUACGGAAUAAUUGGUUUUAUGAAGUUUCUUGGUCCUUACUACAUGGUUAUAAUUACCAGGAGAAGAAAAGUUGGCACAAUCUGUGGCCAUGAUAUUUAUUCAAUUGGCAAGAGCGAAAUGAUCGCAAUUCCGUGUCCUAUAGUCUGCCCCAAUGUGGCUAAUUCUAGGGAUGAGAACAGAUAUAAACGACUCCUUUGCUCGGUUGAUCUUACGAAGGACUUCUUCUUCAGCUACUCGUACAACAUCAUGCGCAGUCUUCAGAAGAACAUAAAUGACAAAAAUACUGGACAUGUUGUUUAUGAAACAAUGUUUGUAUGGAAUGAAUUUUUGACACGAGCAAUGCGGAACCAUCUCAAGAAUACCGAUUGGACCGUGGCCUUGGUCCAUGGAUUUUUUAAACAGUCGAAGCUGUCAGUAUCUGGGAAGGAUUUCUGGUUGACACUUAUAGCGAGACGCUCGCGUCAUUUUGCUGGAACCAGAUUCAUGAAACGAGGUGUUAAUGAAAAGGGUAGGGUUGCCAAUGAUGUUGAGACUGAACAGAUUGUUUUUGAAGACACACCUGAUGACAUCCCAAGUCAAAUAACUUCUGUUGUACAACAUAGAGGAUCAAUACCUCUUGUCUGGUUUCAGGAAACUUCAAGACUUAAUAUUAGGCCAGAAAUCACAUUAAAAUCAGAUGUGGAUUACAAGGCCACCCGCCUUCAUUUUGAAAACCUUGUUCUUAGAUAUGGGAACCCUAUAGUCAUCUUAAACUUAAUCAAGACUCGUGAGAAGAAGCCUCGUGAAUCUUUGCUCCGUGCAGAAUUUGCAAAGGCUAUCCAUUAUAUAAAUAAGGGGUUACCGGAUGACAAACGUCUCAAGUUUUUACACAUGGAUCUGAGUAAGCUUUCUCGAAGGAAAGGCACCAAUGUGCUUGGACUGUUAAACAAGGUAGCUUCAGAUGUGUUGGAACUAACGGACCUCCUCCAUUGCGAGAUAACUAUAUCAUCAAAACCUUUGGAUGCUUCAAGUGGACAAGGGUCAUGUGACAUCAAAAUCAAUGAUGAUUUCUGCGCAGCUACGAUGGUACCUCUUUUGCUACAGAAGGGUGUCCUCAGGACAAACUGCAUAGACUGCUUAGACCGCACAAAUGUCGCACAGUUUGCAUACGGAUUAGCUGCUUUAGGGCGUCAACUUCAUGUGUUGAAGCUCACUGAAGAACCUAAAAUUGAUCUGCAUGAUCCUUUGGCCGAUGAUCUGAUGGAUUUCUAUGAAAGGAUGGGUGAUACAUUAGCCAUCCAGUACGGUGGUUCUGCUGCUCACAACAAGAUCUUCUGUGAGCAAAGAGGGCAGUGGAAGGCAGCAACCCAAUCCCAGGAGUUCCUUCGAACCCUUCAGCGUUACUACAAUAAUGCUUACACAGACCCUGAGAAGCAGGAUGCUAUAAAUGUAUUCUUGGGCCAUUUCCAGCCUCAACAAGGCAAACCUCCUCUGUGGAAGUUGGACUCAGAUCAGCAUUACAAUAUCGGCCGGCAAGGAACUUUAAGUGAAGAAACUGGAAGCAGAUUCAUAAAGAGGUCGCUCUCGGAUGGAAAUAUUCUAUGUGAAAACAGCGCACCCGUAUCUGACCGUAAUGUCGGCGAAAACAACACCGCGUCAGAAUUACUCCCCUCGCAACAGCUGGAUGAUAUUAGAGAGCCUACUGAUUCUGCACCAGAGAUCUAUAUGUGUGAAACAAACCCAUGCCCCAGUACAAAAUAUAGCACGAUGCCUGGAAGACACUCCAUUUCGGAGGAACGACAGAGUUACUUAAAAAGAUUAGGUUAUCCGGAGUUGCAUUCUUCAAAUUUUCUCGAUCUUGAUUUGUUAUCGUCUUCAGGAAAUUCUUGUGAUGAAGAAGCUUUUGAGAGGAAGGUUCUUCAAACUAUCAUGUACAGGUCAUCGAUCAUACAUUCACCUUUGGAUGGUAUCAGUGUUGGAUCUACUACUACUUACAGUGAGCCAGGACACAAUGAUGAGGGAAGGGAUGACACCGACCUGUCGCGCUCAAGCAGCCAGCUCUCAGACUCACGCGACUAUUCUGACCGCUUUGCUCAGUGGGUGGCUAAUGGAGGCAUGCUUUGCUACUAAGUGCUAAAGAAUUUGUCCUGGUGGCAUCUCCAUAUAAUUUUCGCCGCAGCACGAAAGCUCCACAGCUAGAACAAAGGUAAAAAAGCUCAAGAAGAAGCUGCAGCCUGUGUGCACGGUGCUGGCAUUUCGUCGAGGCUGAACCAACAGAAGAAGAAUCGGCGCGAUUCGCUCGGUGGAUCGAAGCUCUAACGCGGUGACUCAGUUGAGGAAUGAAUGCAGAUGAUGAUGGCGUGUGGUUUGGUUUGGUUUGGACAGGACUGGAGAGCUAUGGUGAAGAAUUGACCGUAGUGAAGGGAAGGCAAUGAAUGAUAGGCAAAGGCAAACAUAUCUAUCUGAUUCUUUUCAAGGGUUAGCUUAGCUAGACAGCUAUGUUUUUUGUUCGCCUUUAGAGAAAAAUACAAAAAAAAGGAAAAUGAUAAAAAAAGACUUCUCUUGUAAAUAUAUAUGGUACAGAUAUACAUGCUGAUCACAUAUGUUUGGGCGGUGGUUUACGUGUAUAUGUUUGUAACACAGGAUCUCACAGAAAACAGGUUCGGAAGAAAAUUUCUGUGCUUCAA